AUGUCCUACGAUCAGUACAACCAGAACCCUUACCAACAGGGCCCAGCUCAGGAAAGCUCUCAUGGUUACAGCCAGACCAACCCAUAUGCGCAAGAUGCGCCAACCCAUGGCAACAACCAGUAUGAGAUGCAAGAUUAUUCGCAACAAGCUCCUGCUGCCAGCUCGAGUCUUUCGCAACAGGAAUUCCUAAACCGCGUCCAGAAACUUCGCGAUGAGAUUAAGGGUCUGACCAAUGACAUCGAUCACAUUGGUGUGCUCCAUUCGCGAACUCUCGGCAGCACUGAUGGGUCCGCAAACCACGAGCUCGAGCAGUAUGUCUCUCAGACUCAGAUUCGCAACACUGCUAUCAAGGAUGGAAUCAAGGGACUAGAGCGCGACCUUGUAAAGACCAAUGACAGCUCUCGCACCACAAAGAACACCCAGUUGCAAUCUCUCAAGACCUUCUUCAAAUCUGAGCUCGACAAGUACCAGAGCGUUGAACGCGAUUACCAGCAACGAUACCGUGAUCAGAUUGCUCGUCAGUAUCGUAUUGUCAACCCCGAUGCAUCCGAAGAAGAAGUUCAAGAAGCCGCCAAUGCCGAUUGGGGUAAUGAGGGUGUCUUCCAAACUGCUUUGCGAACGAAUCGCACCGGGCAUGCCAGUUCCGUGCUUGGUAACGUUCGCGCCCGUCACAGCGAGCUCCAGCGCAUUGAGCAGACUCUCUCCGAGCUUGCUAUCCUCUACCAGGAGCUUGCCACUAUUGUUGAGCAGCAGGAGCCCGUUGUUCAGGCCGCUGAACAGAACGCGAUGAACACUAACGAGCACAUGAUUAAAGGUAACGAGCAAGUCGAAGUUGCCAAGAAGCACGCCCAGAACCGUCGUAAGCUCAAGUGGUGGUGCGCCCUCGUCGUCCUACUUAUUAUCAUCGCUAUCGCUGUCGGCGUUGGUGUCGGCGUCAGUGUAGCCAACAACAACAAGUAG